UCAGCUGUAGAUGCCAGAACUGCAAACUUUGCUCUGUUUGACACCAGUCUUUUGAUUUCAUCAGAGGAAAGGAUGAAGUGCGUUAUGAUCUUUCUUGUUUUGACGCUGGUCGUCCUCAUGGCAGAACCAGGGGAUUGUAUUUUCAGUACACUUAAAACCUUAUGGCGUGGGGCCAAGGGCGCAUUGAGAGGUGCUAAGACGGGAUGGAGAGCAACCAGGAACAGGGAGAUGGCCCGAAGGAAUGGAUACAGAUUUCAUCCACAGCUCAGAGGCCAUGUUGACUACGAUGAGGUUCAGGACAGGCAGGACUGAAUCAGUUGAUCCUGAAGACAUGGUUCGAGCUCUAGCUUUCUGCUUUGCAAUGCAAGAAACAAACAAACGGAUGAGUGAACAAAGCGCUAGUCUUUAGUUUGCAUGACGCACUUGGGAUGAGAAGUGAUUUUUGGCAGAGUUGCAAUUUGUAACUUUGUAAGUAAACAUGCUAAAUAAUAUAUGCAAACUGUCCUGCUAAAUAAAGCUGUAAUUCAAAAA